GUUAAAGCCAUUUAGGGACUUUUUCUUUUUUUUCGUUUUUUACUUUUUCUGGGGAAAAUAAAUGGAAAAGGUCGGUGAGAUUAUGCACAUGUAACCGGCGGGCUGCGGCACCGGCCUGGAAACCGCCAUCAGCUUAGCUAGAUGCCUUUCUUUCACAAAAGCGCUUCAAAUUCUCGGCUUCAACAGAAGGCGGCCGAUUCUGAUUUUUCCGUUGUUCAAACCGAAUCGCUUGUUCAGCGGCGGCUCACCAGACAGAGGAAGCUCCGGCAUCUUACGGAUCGAGAAAUUGGCGUUGAACUCCCCCGAUCAUUUCCCGAUUCCCCUGAUUUAUCUGCAAAGCCUAGAUCGCCUCUUGGGGGUUCCGAACGUUGGUCCUCGUCGCCUUUGCCCCAGCCUUUGCCUCUGCCGGAGUUAUUUCCGGUUCGGAAUCCAGAGUCCGAUUCUUGGUUUGCUAGCCAAGGCCGUGUGGUCUCGCCUAUUGAAACUCCUGUCCGGAAGAGCUCUGAUCGUGCAACAACGAAUGUAAAUGGAGGUCUGGGCAACAAUCAAAGGCGAGUUGCUACAGAUUGUAAGUUGGAAGUUGUUAAUGGCAAUACAGGAGGAACUGGGGCUAACACAUUUACAAGCCCUCAUAGUCCCUCUGUGAACUCAGGUAAAUCCAUUUCGAUUAAGGAGUUUGUUUUUAGUUGUUUGGAUCAGCCUCCAAACAGCAAAGUCAGGGGAUCCCCAACUCAUCCCAGUAUUCGAAGGGGUAACUACAGUUUGACACCUAAGACUUUGUCGUCAAAGAGUGCCCCAACAAGCAUUUUACCGAGUCCGACCGCUAGCCCACGAAGAUCAUAUACUGGAGAUCUUUUCGUUUCUGGUUUGCCUCGCCAUGACUAUCAGGAAUCUCCUUUCAAUAAUUCUCCCAGAGUCCCACCCCUUAAGACUCCACACACUUCUCAACCUUCUCCUCUCCAUAGCCCGUCCGCUCGAAGUUUCGUAAGCAAUCCCAAAUCUCCUAACGAUGUGAAAUUUCCGACGCAUUCUAAGUUACAAAAAGAUAGUAGUACAGAUUGGUCUGAAAACCUCGGUCAUGUCAAUGCUCAUCCAUUGCCACUUCCUCCUCCAUUAGCACACUCUUCACAAUCAUCUCCACAGUCCCUUUCGUCGAGCGUUCAUCAUGUUAAUGAGAAGCCAUACAUUUCAUCUACGAAAAGUCGGUGGCAAAAAGGAAAGCUCAUUGGACGUGGUACGUUUGGAAGUGUAUAUCUUGCAACCAACAGUGAAACUGGAGCUUUAUGCGCAAUGAAAGAAGUUGACCUCAUUCCUGAUGAUCCUAAAUGUGCUGAAAGUAUAAAGCAACUAGAGCAGGAGAUUAAAGUUCUCAGUCAACUUAAGCAUCCAAAUAUUGUGCAGUAUUAUGGAAGCGAAAUAAUCGAUGAUCAUUUCUAUAUAUAUUUGGAGUAUGUUUAUCCCGGGUCGAUAAACAAAUACGUUCGUGAACGUUGUGGAGCCAUUACAGAAUCUAUUGUUCGCAAUUUCACCCGACAUAUUCUCUCUGGACUGGCUUACUUGCAUAGCACAAAAACAAUCCACAGGGAUAUCAAAGGUGCAAACUUGUUAGUUGACUCGUCGGGCGUUGUCAAACUUGCAGAUUUCGGGAUGGCAAAACAUCUGACAGGGCAAUAUGAUCUUUCUUUGAAGGGUAGUCCGUACUGGAUGGCUCCGGAGGUCAUGAAGGCUGCUAUGUUGAAAGAUGCCAACCCUAAUCUUGCUUUGGCAGUUGACAUUUGGAGUCUGGGUUGCGCCAUAAUUGAAAUGCUGGAUGGAAAACCUCCGUGGAGUGAGUUUGAAGGGCAUCAAGCCAUGUUCAAGGUGUUGAAUAAAACCCCGCCUGUCCCGGAAAAGCUAUCUCCAGAAGGGAAAGACUUCCUCCAGUGCUGCUUUCAAAGGAAUCCAGCUGACAGACCAACAGCCAUGGCGCUCCUUGACCAUCCUUUCUUAAGAUCCUCAAAUGACUCGAAUAUUUCAACCCCCACGUCUGCAUUUUUGACAAUGAACCGCAUGGAAAAACUCUUGAGUCCGAAGGACCACCGUAGUCCCAAAGGAGAUCAGGCGCAAAACUCUUCUGGAACUUUGGCUGAAAAUGUUUAUCUGUCGUGCCGUAGCCCUUCAACGAACAUUUCAAGCAAUAUUCCUGCCAGUGCCGUUAACAACCAUCCCUUUGCUGUUUCAAGGACUCAUAAAAGGGAAGUGCCUCACCUCUGAGCUACAGUUGUGGAUAUUUACAGGCAAAUACUCGACCGAGGAAGUUAGCCACCCUCUGCAGAAGGCCCCAGGAGCUGGGAUAGAGAUCAUCGUUCCCUCUGCCUGUUUUAACGACAAAACUCGUUCUUUCUUGAACAAACUCUCAUAGGUCUUAGAGACCAUCAAGCUUGAGGUGUUUGCCAAUGUUCGAGCAAUCGCCUCUGCGAUGUAUUUUUUGUACUUGUAGAAAAAUAUCUCCCUUGGAAGAUGGUACUAGGAAAAGAAGAGGAUACAAGCAUUCUUUUUGUACACAUUCUGUAAGCAGGAUUAGAUUUGGAUCUGUACAUAGUUAGUUUUUAUUGGCA